AUGUUUGCAUACAAAUCUUUGAUUUCCAUGCUGGUCAUGGUUAGCGCUUUGACAGCUUCAAUGUCAAGUGCACAAUCUAUUCCAAUUCAUCCAGAAGACGCUGGCAAAUUAGCAAAAAAUGAAACAAGCAACCCGCUCGUGAUUGCUGAGCAUCCGAAUGAAGUUCAUCCUGUUCAAGCUCCUAUUCCGGCUGAAGUGCCAUUCCGCACAAAGAAACAAAAGGAGAAUGCUCAUCAUCGUAGAAUGGUUCAUUACGUCAUUCAUUCGGCUUUGGAAUCUGAAUUGGAAGAUUUAUUGGACGCUGCAUUUGAUGAGUCCAUGAUUACGCAUGAAGAUGUUGCUGAUGUGCAAAAGUGUAUUGGCAAACCAAUCUUGACACACUUCACAAAAUGUUUGACCAAUUCAGAGGAACGUGAAAAAGCCCGCAAGGGUAAGAAGGAAGAAGCUCAUCCACCACACAUCGUUGAUCCAAAUCAUAAACCUGCAAAUGGCACCAAGCAUGAACCUAAACACAUGGCCGAAAUGAAAGAUCAAAAAGCUUCAGACGAAAAGAACGAUGCAGAGGCAAUGGCAUUGCUCUUGCAUCCUGACGUUAUUCAAUGCUUGACGCAUCCAGAAGUAAAACGAAUCAGUCUGUGUAUCGAAGAUCAGACAUUCAUGAUCAUUGAAGAUAAUUUGGAUUUGAUUGAAGAUUUCGAAGACAUGGAAACAGACCAUACAAAUUUCGAUGAUAUGGAGAAAUUGGAUGAAUUAAAAGAACUCGAAGAAGUGGAAAAGUUGAAAGAAUUGCAAGAACUUGAACAAGUCGAACAACAUCACCACCGCCACCAUCAUCACGGGAGCUCUCAUCAUGACCAUGCUCAUAGCAAUCAUCAUCCUCAUCAUGGCGUUCGCAGUGAUCAUGACAACGUCGAAGAGAGAAAAUGGAAAGAAUUGGAACUAAUGGAAGCGGGUUUCAAGCCAACAAAAUCAACUUUACCGAUGGAUGAACAUUUCCGCAGAGAUUCUUUCCAAUCGCCCGCCGAAAAAGGUCACAUGGUUCUGGAGAAACGUAAGUUUGGCUAUGGUCCAGACUGGGCGACCUUGGUUGGAAAGCGCGAUGUUCACCCUUUACCGUGA